AUGCUUUUUCCCCACUAAGGGAUUUUUCUCAGUAGCGGAGCGGCAACACUCUGCGUACUAAAGUAAUGUAAUGGUCAUUACUGUUUAUUUUUAUUGUGGUAUAGCAAGAAAAGUGGUAAUUAGUUUAGCAUAAUAACCCAGCAAUACACGUUUAAUAUACAAUAUUGUACUUCUGUUCUAAGUUUCAUAUUGUUUGUAUAAAGCUGGUGCUUCUCCUAACUAUUUCAUUUUCCAUCUUCACCGUCAAUCAUGUAGAAAGUAGUCCAUAUGAAAAGAAAUAAUACUGAGUUUCCAAAUGAACUACUGCAAUUUAAAAAAUUUUAAACCAUUAUAUGAGAGUGUGGUACAUGUCAUUUUCCUGAAGAUUUUACAGAUGAAUGUGAAUUUUUGUUCAAAUUCUUGCAAAAGUAUGCCUUAGAAUUGUAGGCUUUUAAAUAUAAAGCAGAACUUUAACAUAAAAUAUUUGCAUGCUAAAUUGCUUUUUGAACACUGGAGGAAUCUUAUGCAUGGUAUGUAUGUAUAAUUCACAAAAGGGCAGGAUUUAAUGGAGCAGAUGUGCAAUUAUGCAGAACAGGAAUCUUAUAUGUGGGAUGUAUGUAAUGAGGUACCUCUGGAAACACCGAAUUUAGUAAAUCAUACACAUAUCUAUGCAGUGGAGAAACCUUAUGUAUGUGAUGUAUGUAAUAAAUCAUUUGCUCGAAAGAAGAACUUAGUACUUCAUUUACGUAUCCAUACAGGGGAAAAGCCUCAUGUAUGCAGUUUAUGUCACAAGGCAUUUAGACUGAAAGGUAGUUUAAGAGUACAUUCAAGAAUUCAUGCAGGAAAAAAGCCUUAUGUAUGUAAUAUCUGUCAGAAAGCAUUUAGACAGAAGAGCAACUUAACAGUGCAUUUAAGAAUUCACACAGGAGAGAAGCUUCACAUAUGUGAGAUAUGUAACAAAUCAUUUACACAAAAGAAGAAUUUUGAGUCACAUUUUCUCAUUCACACAGGAGAAAAACCUUAUGUUUGUAAUAUAUGUCAUAAGGCAUUCAGAUUGAAGAGCAAUUUAACAAAACACUUAAGAAUUCACACAGGAGAAACGCUUCACCAAUGUGAUAUAUGUAACAGAUCAUUUACACAAAAGAAGAGAUUUGAGUCACAUUUGCUCAUCCACUCAGAACAAAAACCUUAUGUAUGUAAUAUAUGCCAUAAGGCAUUCAGACUGAAACGCUAUUUAAUGGUACAUUUAAGAGUCCACACAGGAAAAAAAUCUCAUGUUUGUGAUGUAUGCAAUAAGUCGUAUGCACAAAAGACAUCUUUAGCGAAGCACAUGCGUAUUCACACAGGAGAGAAGCCUUAUAUAUGUGAGAUAUGUGAGAAGUCAUUCACACAGAAGGAUCAUUUAGACAGGCAUAUACAUAGCCACACAGGAGAGAAGCCUUAUAUCUGUAAUGUAUGUGAAAAGUCCUUCACACGAAAGGAAGGAUUAUUGAGGCAUAUGUCUCAUGUCCAUACUGGAGAGAAACCUUAUGUGUGUGAAAUAUGCAACAAAUCAUUUGCAGAAGUGCGGAGUUUUGGGAAGCAUAUGCGUAAUCACACAGAUUGGAAAUCUUAUGCAUGCGAUGUAUGCAACAGGUCAUUCGCACAAAAGGAGGACUUAGUAUCACAUUUACGUAUCCACACGGAGGAAAAGCCUCACGUGUGUGACAUAUGCCAAGAAGCAUUCACAUUCAAAUCUAAUUUAAUCAAACAUUUACGUAUCCACGCGGGGAAGAAGCUUCAUGCGUGUGAUGUAUGCAACAGAUCAUUCAUACGAAAGAAGGAUUUGAUGUUCCAUUUGCUCAUCCACACAGGAGAAAAACCGCAUGUGUGUAAUAUAUGCCAUAAAGCAUUCUCACUGAAGAGCAAUUUAAAAAUACAUUUGAGAAUCCACACAGGAAAAAAAUUUCAUGUGUGUGAUGUAUGUAAUAAAUCGUAUACUCAAAAGGGCAAUUUAAUGAUGCAUAUGCGCAUUCACACACAAGAGAAGCCUCAUGCGUGUAAGAUCUGUGACAAAUCAUUUACCCGAAAGGCACAUUUAGAGAAUCAUAUGUGUACCCACAUGGGGGAGAAACCUUAUAUCUGUGAUAUAUGCAACAAAUCGUUGAAACGAAAGGAGGGAUUGUUGAUGCAUAUGCGUCUCCAUACUGGAGAGAAACCUCAUGUAUGUGAAACAUGUAAUAAGUCAUUCACAGAAAAACGGAGUUUAGUGAAGCAUAUGUAUAUCCACAGUCGAGAAAACUCUCAUUUACAUAAUGUAGACAGUAAUGUCCAUGAAAGCAUGAUUUAAGAAGGUAUAUGAAAGCACGUAGAAGAAAAUUCCACUUAAAUGAUACAGAUCAUUUCCCAGUUAAAAUUAUGUUGUUGUUUUUAUUUGAGAUAUAUAAAACCUUCAAAUUCACUAUCAUCCUUACUAUUAUGUAUGAUAGCUUUUUUGACCAUAAAUUAUGCCAAGCAUUUUAAACAAUAUCUGCAGACAUGUUUUCCUAUCAUCAUUGCAAUGCUUCACAGAGCAGAUUUUGCGUUAAAAAAAAUUCUUGAAUGGUUAUUGCACAGUUUGGAAAAUUUUGCAGUUUUUAAAAUGGCUUUUUUAUAUCUGCAUUUCAUUAGGAGCAGCACUGUAUAUUCAUUGGCUAAAUGAUGCAUGUACAGUAUGGAGAUGGUAUCUUUUAUGGAAUUUUAAAGUAUGAGCCAAACAGUUGUCUUUAAUCAGAACAGUUUUUGCAUUGUUUGGUAAACCAACCGAUUUCAAACUUUAUCAGACCACAGGUCAGAUUUUCAGGAACAGCUUUAGUAUUAUUCCCUUUUGGUGAGAAUUUUUUUGGCACGAUUAAUGAAAAAUUCUGAUAACCCUGUUAUUAAUGGUAACCCUAAAUACUGAGCUGACACACAUGUUGCCAUUACUGUCCACAUAACGAAUUUGGUAGGUAUCAUAGCUUUGAUGGCGGGAGGGAUAAAUUGCAAGUUUUCUUAAUACUUUUGUGUUAGGAAUGCUCAGCAUAAAAACAAAGGAAUGGUCAGCAUUAAAACUUUUAAAACAUUUUUUAAAAUACCAAAAUUUGGUAGUUAAGACUGUAUGCUUUAUUAUUACAUCACUUGAUUCUUGAGAUUUUUCUAAAUGUCAACUCUGCAUAUUAUAAACUCUCCUUCCCCCCCAAAAAAAAACACAGAUUUUUAGUAGCAUAAGGUAAACACUUGCUGUUUUUGGUACUUUUCCAAUUUGCCAGUGCAGGCGAUAAAUUUUAGACCAUUCAUGGUAAUUAAGUCAGUUAGGAUGCAAUCACAUUGCUUGCUCACCCGAAGGCCAAAAUAUAGAAAAGGCAAAAUCAAGGGCUAAAUUCAUCAGUUCUAAUGAGAAGUAAAGCACUGCGGUUUUAUAUAAUUUCUGAGUAAGCUAUUCGUCGAAUUGAAAUCUUCUGCAUUUA